AUGUGCGGGAUCUUUGGUUAUUGUAACUACUUGGUUGAAAAACCAAGAGAAGAAAUCAUCGAUAUCUUAACCGACGGUUUGCAAAAAUUAGAAUAUAGAGGUUAUGACUCCGCCGGUUUGGCUAUCAGCGGUGACGCCCCAGGCUCUGCUUUGAUCUUCAGAGAAACCGGUAAGGUUGCCGCCCUCAAACAAAAGAUCAUCGCCCAAGACUUUGAUAGAAAAGCUUUGUUCAACUCCCACGUUGGUAUCGCUCACACUAGAUGGGCCACCCAUGGUGAACCAUUAGAAAAAAAUUGCCACCCUCAAAAAUCCGACCCAACCGCUGAGUUCUUGGUGGUUCACAACGGGAUCAUCACCAAUUAUCAAGACAUCAAGACCCUUUUGCAAAACAAGGGCUUUGUGUUUGAAAGUGACACCGAUACCGAAUGUAUCGCCAAAUUGUGCAAACACAUUUACGAUACAAACAUCAAAAACAAUGUCGAUUUGGAUUUCCAACAACUCAUGAAACAGGUCUUGUUAGAACUCGAAGGUUCUUAUGGUAUGUUGGUCAAAUCUUCACAUUUUCCAAAUGAACUUAUUGGUACCAGAAAAGGUUCCCCAUUGUUGAUUGGGGUCAAAUCUGACCAAAAGUUGAAGGUUGACUUUGUUGAUGUCGAAUUCCCAGACGUUUCUGAACAGCAAACCUUGUCCCCUCAUUUUGCCGCUACCGCCACCACUUCCAACAAUUUAUUAGCUCCAUUGACUGCUCAUGACCAUCUUAGACAAUCUCAAUCUAGAGCGUUCUUGUCCGAAGAUGGUGUUCCAAAACCAGUCGAAUUCUUCUUCUCAUCUGACCCUGCCUCGGUGGUUCAACAUACCAAGAAGGUGUUGUUUUUGGAAGAUGAUGAUAUUGCCCACAUUUACGAUGGUGAAUUACACAUCCACAGAGCUAAGAAGGAAGCCGGUGACCUUGGUAUCAGAAAUAUUCAAACUUUGGAAAUGGAAUUGGCUCAAAUCAUGAAGGGUCCAUACAAGCACUUUAUGGCUAAAGAAAUUUUCGAACAACCAGAAUCCACUUUCAACACUAUGAGAGGUAGAAUUGAUUUCGUCAACCACGCUGUUAGAUUGGGCGGUUUGAAAUCGUGGCUCUCUAGUAUUAGAAGAAGUAAGCGUAUCAUUAUGAUUGCUUGUGGUACCUCAUACCAUUCUUGUAUUGCCACCAGAUCUAUCUUUGAAGAAUUGACAGAGAUCCCAGUGGUGGUAGAAUUGGCUUCUGACUUCCUCGAUAGAAAAUCACCAGUCUUUAGAGAUGAUGUCUGUGUGUUUGUUUCCCAAUCUGGUGAAACCGCUGAUACUAUUUUGGCUUUACAAUACUGUAGCGAUAGAGGUGCUCUUACGGUUGGUGUUGUCAACAGUGUUGGGUCAUCUAUCUCUAGACAAACCAACUGUGGUGUCCAUAUCAACGCUGGUCCUGAAAUUGGGGUGGCUUCCACUAAAGCUUAUACUUCUCAAUAUAUUGCUCUCGUAAUGAUUGCUUUGAGUUUGUCCGAUGAUAGAAUCUCUAAGACUCAAAGAAGAAUUGAAAUCAUUGACGGCUUGAAGAAGAUCCCUCAACAAAUCAAGGAGGUCUUGAAAUUGGAAGACACUGUCAAGGAUUUGUGUUCCUCCUCCCUCAAUGACCAAAAAUCCUUGUUGUUGUUAGGUAGAGGUUAUCAAUAUGCUAGUGCCUUGGAAGGUGCUUUAAAAAUUAAAGAAAUUUCUUAUAUGCACUCUGAAGGUGUUUUGGCUGGGGAAUUGAAGCAUGGGGUUUUAGCUCUUGUCGACGACCAAUUGCCGAUCAUUGCCUUUGCCACUAGAGACUCUCUAUUCCCUAAAGUCAUGAGUGCUAUCGCUCAAGUUACCGCUCGUUCUGGUAGACCAAUUGUCAUUUGUAAUGACGAAAAUGACAUUGCCGAUGCUCAGAAGUUAUUGGCUAUCUUGAAGGUGCCAACCACUGUCGAUUGUUUGCAAGGUUUGUUGAACAUCAUCCCAUUACAAUUGAUCAGUUAUUGGUUAGCAGUCAACAGAAAUAUUAAUGUUGAUUUCCCACGUAACUUGGCAAAGUCUGUUACUGUUGAAUGA